AUGGCAGCCACGAGAAAGCGUUUAAUCCUUUGCUGCGAUGGGACGUGGAUGGACAGUGAUUCGGGGUUCAACAAACCCACCUUGAUUCCCUACAAGCCUACGGGCACUCUCCAAAGCUUUGAAAAGAACGGGUCGAGAUGGCAUCCCGCAAAUCAUAUAUUACCAUUCCGGCGUAGGACUUCAUCGAGCCUUGUUGAUACCUUGACCGGUGGCAUGCUGGGCAAGGGCAUCUCUGAAAACAUUCGUGAAGUCUACAGCUAUAUUACGGCAAACUACGUUCCCGGAGAUGAGAUAGUUCUAAUCGGAUUCAGCAGAGGAGCCUUUACAGUACGAAGUGUAGCGGGAAUGAUCGACAACAUUGGCCUCUUGACCAGAAGUGGCAUGGAAGAAUUCUACCCGAUCUUCAAAGACCAACAGAAUUUCAGAACUUUGAAACACAAAGAUAUGUUCCCCGAUCUCCCCUUCUCAGACAAGCCCAGCGGAUACGAUGCCCCAAAGAGGUACAAGCAGAUGCUCGAAGAGCGAGACUUGACGAGGGUCUAUAACCCAGAUGGCUCGAAGAUUCGUGUACAGGCUGUAGCGGUGUGGGAUACAGUAGGAUCUCUUGGCAUUCCCAAUCUCUCCAUACUUGCGAGGCUCGGCUUACCGCACUCAACCAAGGAGUACAAAUUCUACGACACAAACCUAGGAACUAUCAGACAUGCCUUUCAAGCCCUAGCGCUAGAUGAGCAUCGACGACCUUUCAGCCCUGCAGUGUGGGAGAGACAUAGAACAGAUAAAACGGAUUUGCGGCAGGUCUGGUUUCCCGGUUCGCAUUCAAAUGUGGGGGGUAGCUACGAUGAUCAGGAAAUGGCGAAUAUCACAUUGGCUUGGAUGAUGGAUCAACUUGCUUCAAUUGGAGUCGCGUUUCAAGACGAGGUCAUCGAACAUAUCUUUCACCAGAACGCCGAGUAUUAUAAGAACCUUCCAGAGCUCGAAGGUCCUGCAACCAAACAAUGGGCCACCAAAGCAAUUUACGAUAAACAUAAGCCCGUUCGACCUUGGGGCCUGGGGAAGCUAUACGAGUCCGAGACUGGAUUUUGGCGCCUCGCUGGCAGCACGCGCCGAACACCCGGCCUCAUCAAGCGCUCAGAUCCAUGGCAUGGCAUCCUGACAGACAUUCCAAUGAAAAACACAAAUGAACGAAUUCAUAGCUGCGUUCGAAUUCGUCUUGAUCUUGAAGGUCUCGGUUUUGAUGACAAAAAAUUGUAUACAUGCCCUGCUUUGUUAGGAAAUGGUCUCUGGCGCUUGAGACAAGUUCACAUGGAUGUCGAUGACCCAAUCCCGUAUGAUUCUUCUUGGGGCCCUCCGCCUGCAGGUCGUCCUGAUGGUCUUCGCUGGAUCUGGGAGUACUCUGGACCUAGUGAUGGAGAGUCACCAUCAGAGCGUAUUCUAGUCGAGGAGACCCUUGGCCCAUACGAAAGGAAACUUCUUCUGUUGAAUAAAGGUGAGGAUAUAUCUCCUAGCGUCAUCGAACGAGUUGGAGAACACGCUGUCAUUGAGAGGUUGCUGCGAAGCUAA